ACACGAAUACUCCUUUACGAGCAGUGGCUCGCCGUGUCGCCAUGUCGAGUUUCGCACGAAAGAGGUUUUCGCGUGCAGUGCGGAUUCUUGAUACGUGUUCGCGUUCUUUAUAACGGCAGCCUGCCAGUUCAAGCACCGUUUCAAUCUUCACAGCGGAGUGUUUUGGACCGACAAGAAGUCUGCUGGAACCGAAAACACGCCUCGCCGAAAUAGUUCUCCGUCGUGCACUACGUUCCCUUGGCAACUCGGUCUCACAACAGGCGUUCCGGCGCUGGAUGCCAGAGGGCGCAGCGGUGGAUGGCUGAGGACAGCGGCCAGACAUGGGCACUGCGUGCUGGGAUCGGGAGGUCUGCCAAGAGACGGAGAGACGAAUCCGCGCCAACGACCCUGAACACAAUGGGCAGUUCAAUUACGCUAACAACUACAUCAAGACAUCCAAGUACUCCCUCCUGACGUUUCUGCCACGCAACUUGUUUGAGCAGUUCCAGCGGCUCGCAAACUUCUAUUUCCUAUGUCUCCUCGUCUUGCAAAUGAUCCCCCAGAUUUCCUCCCUGACCCCGUGGACCACCGCCGUGCCUUUGGUUGUUGUGCUUUUAUUGACUGCCCUGAAAGACGCCAUCGAUGACAUUCAACGCCACCAGAGUGACAACCAAGUGAACAACCGGUUGUCAAAGGUCCUCCGUGGCGGACAGAUUGUAGAGGAGCGCUGGCACAAAGUUCAAGUCGGCGAUGUCAUCUUCAUGGAGAACGACCAGUUCGUCGCAGCAGACCUGCUGUUGCUGUCAACGAGUGAGCCUAACGGGCUGUGCUACAUUGAGACUGCAGAGUUGGAUGGGGAAACAAACCUCAAGUGCAGGCAAGCAACACCUGACACGGCUGAGAUGAGUAAUAACAACGAACUUCUAGGAAGGUUUGACGGGGAGAUCAUCUGUGAGGCACCGAACAACAACCUGAGCCGCUACGAGGGCACCCUCUUCUGGCGGGGCCAAAGCUACUCCCUGGACAAGGACAAGCUGCUCCUGCGUGGCUGCGUCCUGCGCAACACCCACUGGUGCUACGGCGUGGUGGUGUUUGCCGGCCGGGACACUAAGCUCAUGCAGAACAGCGGCAAGACCAUCUUCAAGCGCACCUCCCUCGACCGGCUACUCAACGUCCUCAUUCUCGGGAUCGUGUUCUUCCUGUUCAGCAUCUGCCUGUUCUGCACCAUCGCCUGCGGGGUGUGGGAAACGGUGACGGGCCAGUUCUUCCGCAUCUACCUACCCUGGGACAAGGUGAUCCGCACCGAAAACACCGUGGGCGGUGCCACAGCCAUCGCUGUCCUCGUAUUCUUCUCCUACGCCAUCGUCCUCAACACCGUGGUGCCCAUCUCCCUCUACGUCAGUGUGGAGGUGAUCCGCUUCUGCCACAGCCUGUGGAUCAACUGGGAUGAGCGGAUGUACUACGAGCCCAAGGACACCCCUGCCAGGGCGCGCACCACGACCCUCAACGAGGAGCUGGGUCAGAUCGAGUAUGUGUUCUCGGACAAGACGGGCACUCUGACCCAGAACAUCAUGGCCUUCAACAAGGCCUCCAUCAACGGGAUACUCUACGGGGACGUGCUGGACCCCGCCACGGGGGAGCCCAUCCUGGUCUCGGAGGAUAUGGCCCCUGUGGAUUUCGGAGAAAACCCCGAGCACGAACCGGGAUUUCGUUUCUACGACCCAAGCUUGUUAAAAGAAGUCCGCGCUGGCAACAAGGAUGCUGAAGAAUACUUCCGGCUACUUGCACUCUGCCACACUGUUAUGUCCGAAGAGAAGGACGGGCGCCUGGAGUACCAGGCACAGUCUCCAGACGAAUCCGCUCUCACCUCGGCUGCCCGAAACUUCGGAUUUGUCUUCAAGAAUCGAACACCAAAAAGCAUCACCAUCGAGGUUUGGGGCCAGGAGGAAUUCUACGAGCUUUUUGGCAUCCUGGAUUUCAACAAUGUGCGGAAGCGGAUGUCUGUGAUCGUGAAGAAGGACGGCCAACUCAAACUCUACUGCAAGGGUGCGGACUCUGUCAUCUUUGAGCGUCUGCAUCCGAGCAGCGAGGCGCUGAAGAACAAGACUACGGAACACCUCAAUAAGUUUGCGGGGGAAGGCCUCCGGACUCUGUGCUUGGCUUACAAGGAUUUGGACGAGGCCUACUUCCAGGAAUGGUCCGAAAGACAUCACAGAGCUGCGACAUCUCUGCAAGACCGAGAAGAACUUGUGGACGAGGUGUACAACGAGAUCGAGCAAGAACUCACUCUGCUCGGGGCAACGGCCAUCGAAGACAAACUGCAAGAUGGGGUCCCGCAGGCAAUUGCCAACCUCGCCAUGGCAGGCAUCAAGAUCUGGGUCCUCACUGGCGACAAACAAGAGACGGCCAUCAACAUCGGCUAUUCGUGCCAGCUGCUGACGGACGACAUGGUGGACAUUUUCAUCGUGGAUGGGACGGAACGUGACGAAGUGUUCAAGCAGCUGAGCACCUUCCGGGAGAGCAUAGCGGGCAUCGUGGCACACGGCCGGGGGGCCGGAGACUGCGCCGUGGUGCGCUUCAGCGACGGCGGGCCUGAUGAGGCCGGCUGGGAGAUGACAGGGGGAGAAGGUUUCGGCGGGUUUGCCCUCAUCGUCAAUGGCCACAGCCUGGCACAUGCCUUAGAGGAAGACCUGGAGCUGCUCUUCCUUGAAGUGGCGAGUCGCUGCAAGGCGGUCAUUUGCUGCCGAGUCACCCCCCUCCAGAAGGCGCUGGUGGUGGACCUGGUGAAGCGCCACAAGCGGGCUGUCACACUCGCCAUUGGCGACGGUGCCAAUGACGUCAGCAUGAUUAAAAUGGCCCACAUCGGUGUGGGCAUCAGUGGCCAGGAGGGCAUGCAGGCAGUGUUGGCGUCGGAUUUCUCCCUCGCCCAAUUCCGGUUCCUGGAGCGCCUCUUGCUGGUGCACGGGCGCUGGUCGUACCUGCGCAUGUGCCGCUUUCUGCGCUAUUUUUUCUACAAGAACUUCGCCUUCACCCUGUGCCACUUCUGGUUCGCCUUCUUCUGCGGCUUCUCUGCACAGACCCUCUACGACCCAGUAUUCAUCUCUUUCUACAAUGUCUUCUACACAUCCUUACCAGUGCUGGCGCUGGGAGUCUUUGACCAGGAUGUGAGCGACACCAACUCAAUGCGCUACCCGAAGCUGUAUGCGCCGGGCCACCUGAACUUGCUGUUCAACAAAGUGGAGUUUUUGAAGAGUGUGGCCCACGGGGUGGUGUCGUCGUUUGUGCUCUUCUUCGUGCCCUACGGAGCGUUCAGCAACAGCAUCGCACCAGACGGCGUCAACCUGGACGGGCAGCAGCUCCUCGGCACGGCCGUCUCCACCAUCCUCGUCAUCGUGGUCAACGCGCAGAUAGCCCUGGACACGUCCUACUGGACGGUCUUCAACCACGUUGUCAUCUGGGGAUCGGUAGCCUUCUACCUCGCCAUGACCCUCCUGAUCAACUCGGACAUUGUGGGCAACAUGUUCCUUGGCUCUCUGCGCAUGACCCUGGGGUCGGCCCAGUUCUGGUUCGUCGCGUUCCUCACCGUCGCGCUGCUGCUGCUUCCCGUCAUCGCCUUCCGCUUCUUCUACGUCGACGUGUUCCCCACCCUCUCGGACCGGGUGCGACUCAAGCAGCGCCGCGCCCGCCGCCUGCGGCGCGAGGGCGCCCCGGAGAGCGGUUUGGGGCGCGCCACGAGCGUGCGGCAGGGGAGCAGACGCCGAUCGGUGCGCUCUGGUUAUGCCUUUGCGCACCAGGAGGGCUUCGGCAGGCUGAUCAUGAGUGGAAAGAUCAUGCGGCGCGCACGGUCGGGCGGUAACUGGAGCAACUCGCUGCACGUGCCACCGGCGUUGCCCAACCAGCCCGACGAGCCGACGGCGUAGUUUGCGGCCGGUGUCUUCCGACGCGAUGCGGUGCUUGGCGUGCCGUGCGAGCCAUGGUGGGCCCUUGCGCCGUUUGUUGUUGUUGUUGUUGUUGUCGACGUCACCGUGCAGAGGGCUGUCCCCCAGUCGUAGGUUCGGCCGGGGAAAGUGUUUCGAACAAAGAGACGAGUCCCCUUCCUGCGGCAGUUUGGUUACCGUCAGUUUUUAACAUUUGACGGCGCCGUUUUUUAAUAUUUUUUUUUUGUGAAUCCUCAGGAGUGAUCCCAGGUGCCACUUAAAGGUGCUUUUACGCAGUACCGCUAGACUACGUUUGGCUGUGUUUAACAUCAAGUUACGACUGGCAGAUGCCGGGACAUCUGUGCUUAAUAUGAAGCGUGGCAGUGGUGUAGUCAGAAGGGAAGGUUUCAGGGUCAGACGACCCCCCGAAAUGAUCCCAGCCCACUCCCUCCUUCACACCCAUCUCAAUAACCUAACCCCUCCCCCCCCUCCAAAAAAAAAACAACACCAAGCCUAACCGAUUCAAGGAGUAACUUGCCACAUGGUGUACAAAGUAUGGAUGUGCCGGUGACAUGCAGUCAUAUUGCAAUGUAACGUAGUCGAACGCUGCUGUGUGGAAGGACCUGAACAGUGAACGAGUCGAGUGGCAUUGACACAGUUGUCAUGGCAACUGGGAAGGGACCGAUUGGAAGCUUCGAGCUAAUCUCCGCACAGCGCGGAAUGAGUGUGAAGGUUGUGUUUCAUUUCAUUGUCUGUAACUUAGUCGUACGACUUGCAGUCUUCGUUUUCGUCGACGAGACACGAUUGGGCGCUUCUCGAGCCGCGUGUUUGGCGGCACCGCUGUGAAAGUUGCAGCAACGCCAGUUGUGCAAAGACGAGAAUGUUUCAAAUGAAGUAUGAGGCACGUUCCUGAGCCGAGGUCAAUGCGAGUGUUGAGGAGCGUAUUUCAUUUGCAACACUGUCAGCAUGGUCAUUAUUCAAAAAGGUUAUCGGCUUUGGGAUAUAUAUAAUUUUUGUCCUAUUGCUUUUUUUUUGCAACUCAAGAAGUGAAUUGACAUCCUUUGCCGUGUGAUAUUGUGACGACGAAAGUGAAUCCUUACGGAGCAGAGGUGUCCAACGUCCGGGCCGAAAGAGAGCGAAAGGUAGCGUACCGUGCAGUGGCUCGGUUUCCUAAACUUCUGGUUUGCGGAACACGCAGCGCUGUGAGAAUAGGUUUUUGCCACUUUCUCGGGUUUACAACUGCUGCUUUUCUUAGUUUAGCGCCGAAACAAAUGCAGUGCACACGCUUGCAGAUUGGAGUAGCAGGAAAUAGGUCCUACCGUGGGGCAGUCUUUGUGUCCACAAAUAACCGGAAAGCGACGGAGCAUUUUGGACAGUGUCAAGUGCUUGCAGUUGCUUAUUUUUUUAAUGAUUGCACUUUUGCGCGUGUUCAUUGCAGUAAGACAACUGCAGAACAGAUGGCGGAAGCAGAAAGCGAAUUGUUGCCCUCGUAUUGCAAUGUCCUCAACGUCUGCGGCCUGACAAAACCAACUGGGUUUAGUCGCUUGGAGCUUGCAUUUAAGGCUUACGAAAUUUUAAUGCCGACGACAUGUUUUUACGUGGCUGGCACGAGGGAGAACCGCGUCGUCUGCCAUGCCGUUUGUUAACACGUUCACUAUUUUGUCUCCGGACUCCGGCGCAGUCAUGCCUUAAGUAGGUUAGCUACGAUUCGUGACAGGGUUGAGUACGUCGCAGCUCGGUUUCAAGAAGUUGUAGCUCAGGCCUCCCUAGGUAGUUAAAGGAACACCAAACUCAAAAAAUGUUGUUUUUAAAGUGUCUACAUAGAACAUGUAUGUAAAAAGAAAUGUUUAGUUAAUGAGGUUAAUUUUGAAUGUUUGCGACAUACCUCAGCAAUGCAGGCACCUAAAGAAUAUAUUUUUGGGGAGUCAAGUGUCACUAGGAGCGAUUCCAGAACAUGUGUCCAUUUCAAGUCAAUGUGUCGAAAUAUUACGCUAAAAAUGUUUUUUCCAUAGAAACUAUUUUGCGACAUGCGUGUCCCGUUUGGGCACUUAACAAAGGAAGUUUUGGGGGAAUUCUGCGCCUUUACAAGUGUUUGCUUUCAAACCGUACACACUACACAUUGACAAAGAUGUCGGACGGACGAGAUGCAUUUAGUGCGUAACAAAAAAAGUCACGACUGUUCCCUAUUCGAUCAGUCGAACGUCCAAAACUCGGUAGCCGAGCAUUGGAGGGUGGGAGGGCACGGCCAUAUUUAACGGCGACACAACUGCCAGAAUCGUCUUUCUCGUUGCAGCACUGUCGCACGAGGAAUUCAGUGUACCUGCAUCUCGAAAGAAGCUAUUCAGAUUUGCAGGUUUGUACCCAAGCUGCAGGCUUUGUUAACCUUGUUGGGAGUCUAUCAAGUUUUAUGCGGAGCGCAAGUUUGUCGGCUUCGUGCACAAGGGUUGUGACGAUGUCAGAACGUCGGGCUCUUAUGGGCCGAUUGAAAAAAAUAGUGGGUAUCGAGGUCUACCCACUAUCCUUUUAAUCGAAGCCAGUCGGAGCUCGGCAUCGUUCUGACGUCGCCGCAACUCCUGCGCAAGAAGCAGACGACUUGCUCUCUGCAUAGCAGUACUCUGUUCUGCCCUUACAUGGGCUGCUGCAAAGCCUAUUAAAGAGGGGAAUAAGAACCCUUAAACUUUGUCUGUAGUCAAAUUUAAAAUGUAUUUUCACAAACAAAUGACGUACAAUCUCUUAAUUAGGUAAUUUCGUAUAGGUCUUUUGUGAUUUCUUUUUAAGACGAAGCGAAGAAACGAUAAUUACUCGCAAGUUGCAGUUCAUUAUUUCAUAUUUAUAUCAAGUUUAGGGCAGAAUGUAAAGCCUUAGUAUACAGUUUAGUUAUUGCUUAAAAACAACAAUGCCAAGUUUACUGAAAUUGGUUCUCAAGUACAUUGUUAAGACCUCCCCAAGCGAGUGGUACUUGACAAAGAAAUUCAAAGAGUUCAACUUCCAAGUUUCUUCAUGUUUUAAGGGGGGUCUUUGAUGCUUAUUUCUUUGUGUUUUUGAAUAGCUGGGGCUUGAAUCGAGCAUUUAUAUUUGACAAGGAGGUGUCGGGGAUUGUGGACACUUCUAAAUUGUGUCCUAAAACAAUUAAUGAUUUUUCAACUAUAUUUAUUGUUGUGCUUGUAUGUAUAGACUCCGAUGUUGACUGCGAUCCAAGUUAAGGGCAAAACGGAAUAUACACUAGUAGUUGCCGAAGGGCCAAUUUUUGUCAUCCUUGGAAGACGUAACCGUGCAUUUCAAAACUUGCUUUUGUCCAGUACUGUUGAAAAGUCAUUUUGUUUGUGCAGGCCAACACCUGAGAUUUUAAUGACCUUCAUUUUGGUUGUGCAGGCCAACACCUGAGAAGCUUUUAAUGGCCUACUAGCUCGGUUUUCAAGAGUUCCUUGCAACCAACUGAAUUGCUUUUCCUCGCAGGUUAGAAGAAAAAGAAAAAUCGCUAGUACCGGAAAUCUAGAAACUUUUGUUUGCCGAUACCUGUAGCAACGCUUGUGGGAGGUGAAACAAUACUCGUACUGCAUUUUUUUUUUUUCCUUCAUGUGGAAUAGCCACAUCUUGUUCAGUGUUACUAUCACAUUGGAACAAAAGCUUUGAGUCGAAGGUUUUCUUUGCCACUUCGGGCAAUUUGCCUCGUGACUUUUUUAUAACUUGUUUUUGCUCGUAACAGCAGUUUGCAACGAUACCUUAGCACAGUACUUUUACACUGCGAGACUGUGCAACCAUUUUUAUUGUACUAUGAUUUCUUACGUCCGCUUUAGUAGGUAGGCUAAGGAAGAAGUCGGAGCAAGUUUUAGUUGACCAACGCAAACGGAAACUCUUUCAGUCUCGGCUUGAACUGCCACGACGCCCUGAAGGAUGUCCCGUCUGGUUUGCAGAGUUUUCAGUCGAUUGUCAGUGUGUUUUGUGUUGACACGACGAAUUUGUUCUCCAUUUUCACCCGGUGAUUAAGCUUGUUGAAGUGUCAUCUUGUCCGUUUUCAGAUCACUAGCAUUGUGCAUAGUUUGUUUAUUGAUACAUUGUACCACUAGCAUAUCUACUACUGCUUCUGUGCUCGAUUCUCUCGCUACAUUAGUUUGUACUUUCACCCAUUUUUUAUGCCUUUUUUUCUGCCGACAUGUACUUGGUUCACGCAGCCCACGAAAAACUUGGCAAACGACAACACUGCAUAUCCACCAGCCCACUGACCACAACCAUGCUUAUUUGUAUUUUUUGUGUUUACACGCUUGGUGCUCUUGUUUUGCGACUUUGCGAACAUAACUUUUGUUAUCGCGACAUUGCUUUUCUUUUUUUAAAUGGGAAGGAGGAAAAACAAUUAUGGUCACACCAGCUUUUCUUGUUUUUGGUACUCGCUCUCCUGUCACUGCUGCUUUGCCACCAGACCUCCCCAUAUUUUUCUGCCAUAUUUGUACACGCACUUCUCGGAAGACAGCGCCUCGCGACCGCAGGUUUUUGUAAGGUGCCCUCUUGCACUUGUAGGACCCGAUCGCUUGGCGAACCCGAUCCCUAGUGAUCGGUCAAGCCGAUGACAGCGGUGGCGAAACGCCACAUUUGUAGAACGGAAAACGGGUGUGUGCUUGUAUGUGUGUGAAUUUCGAUUCUGUGUUGCAUUUUUCUUUUGUACCGAUAUUUACACAUGCUUUUUAAUCUUUGUUUUCAAAGGAGGUUGAAGGUUGCUGCAAAAAAAAUACUUUUUUAAGACUGGUGUACCUGGGUUUCGCAAAAGAACCUCAGCAGCAAUGAAGAAGUGAGCCCUGUUAAUAACGAACUUGACUGUUGUGCAAAAUGUUUAUCUUUUUUUUUUUUUUUUUUGCGCGGAUAGUUUGGAUGGAUUGGUUUAAUUUUUUGUGAAGUUGGGAUCUCAUUGUUGGGAAGAGUUGAAGACUGGCUGAUUUUGAUUUCAACAAAUUUGAGAAGCGACAGCUAUGAGGUAGUACUGAAUAGAAAAAGUCCUACCUGGCGAAAGAAAACUUAAUUUUGUUGCAGCAGGUUUGUCUUUACUUGAAGCAACUGAAAAUUUGCAGCUUUCCUGGAAUGUCCUCUAUUCAGCCACAUGUUUUAUUAAAGUAAAAAAAUAACAAACAUAGGUCUGAACUGUCCUCUUCAAACGUUAUUUUGAAAUUGUAUAAAUCAAACAUGUUUUUUGUUAGUUUUUACAAUGGUUUGUAGGAUUUCAAGACGGAACUAACCAGAAAGGGAAUAAUUAGUCUCAAAUCUUUUCUAAAGGCUCAUUUUUGCAAUCCAAGACUUUUCAGAACUAUACCAUUUCUGGAAUAAAUAUUAGGGCACAAACGAGCUAGUUUACAUGAAACAUGAUUCAAAAACCUUGAGACUGCAGGUAAUGACACACACACUCAAAAGUCUAACUUCCGAGCGUGUGUGUCGUUACCUGCAGUCUCGGGGGUUUUUGAGUCUUGUACCAUUUCUGUUGUCAAAUAUGAAUAUUUAUGCGAGUUCCAUACGAACUGGACCGCAGUCUUUUACGCACCCGGUGCGACGUUAGUUUGUUAUCAAAGGGCUCGACGGUGCAUAUCUUCUCUAAGCAGUUGGAUUCCGCAACGGUUUCGUGUGCAAGACCGCUCGCACACAGCAUACCUUUUCGAGCUUUUAUUUUCCGACGACGUUCCUGCCACGAGCGCCUAUUUUUGUCGUCCUCGUUCUAGCAGUGUGCAUGGAGGCUUGUCCCAUCAUCGUGCAAUGGAGUGCCUUAGGUGUCAAGGUCACGAACAUGGCCGAUCGUUCUGCAAGAGUCGGCUGUCAACAGACUUACAUUGAAAAUAGAGGCUUUGGAGGAGGGGAAACACGCGUGUACCUCCGCAUCAUUGUCGCUGUUAGCGGGACAGGCUACCACGAGAAAACUGGAAUAAAACAAUAUCGCGAGAGAUGAUAAAAUCUCAAUGUC